UCACAUCACCACCAUGGCUCGUCCUUCUCAACUGACUCACCUCACUCUUCUUCUUCUUCUUCUAGCUACAACCGCAACAGCCAGGCCAGGCUUUCUCUUCACUCGAACCACUGGGCGGUGCACGCCGGACUACUGGGGCAGCAGAGUGGAGUCAUGGCCGAGGAUGGUCCCGCAGACCUCGACGGUGUCCAAGGUGUUCGGGUCCAGAGCCUACGAACGUUACAGAUCCGAUCUGACGCUGAUGGAAGCGACGGCCAGGAACGACGAUGAGAACGUGUUCCCUAGGCUGCUCAAGGAGGCGAGCGCGGCGCUGAUCAACUCGUACGCCAGGAAAGGGUUCCCGUACACGGCGUGGGAGGUGAAGACGAGGGUCAUUCAGGGCUUGGUGUCGGAGAGGGCGGCGGCCCGUCAGGCCCAGGUUUUCUUUCAGGCCAAUCGGGCUUGUGAUCUCCACUAGUCUUGGAUUGGGAGCUAGCUGUGGUUCUGAUACUGAUAGAAUACUUCAUUCUUAGCUGGCUAGCUCUGUUCGAUCUUUGUUGGUCUGUAAUGUUCAAACUGAUGGGUUCUAGUUCAACAGUUGAAUCAAACAAUGCUCUUUGUUGUUUACCAGUAUUUUUGUAAUCGGUCGAUGGAGACAGGACCUUUGUGUUCAGGUUUGGUGGUGAGCCUCAUGGCUUGUGGAAUAUAAUUAUAUUAUAUAU